GGAGAGUUGCAGGUGGCCGCAGCGGUGGCGGACGCAGACUGAGGGAGCGGCGCAACCACACGCGGUUGGCAGCAUUAUUGUCACAUAUAUUAUCUGCAUUUCAUCGAACCUCACUCUUUCUCAGCCUUUUCUUUGUCCGAGACAUUGGUGACCAGCGGCCACCUCGAGACAUUCUCCAUUUCGCCCAUCCUCGAUUCCGCUUUUUCUUCGAUCUCUCUCCCCUGAAUUUCGUGUUUUUCCAGGAACUUGUCGCUGCUUUGAACUGUUAGUUCAAUGGGGAUUUCAUUCAAGAGCGUUAUUCGUGAGUUUAAGGAAAUGAAAGAUGGAAUUAGUGGUGUGUCAAGGAAAGGUUCAGACUUGAAGCAUCUACGUCGCCAAUCAUAUAUUGUACCGGAAGCCUCUACAUCUUUAUGGGCAUUAGUUGAUCAGGGUCGGUGGGCAGAUAUGCCACCUGAAUUGCUUUUAGAUAUAAUUAGGCGGGUAGAAGCUAGCGGAACCUCAUGGCCUGCCAGGAGAAAUGCUAUUGCUUGUGCUUCAGUUUGUAGGUCAUGGAGGGGGCUCACGAAAGAGAUAGUUAGGACUCCAGAGCAGUGUGGGUUGCUAACCUUUCCCAUCUCUCUCAAGCAGCCUGGACCAAGAAAUGCUCCAAUUCAAUGCUUUAUUAGGAGGGAAAGGGAGACCUCAACGUAUCGAUUGUAUCUUGGUCUGAGUCCUGCUUUGUCAGGCAAUACAACUAAAAUGUUGUUGGCAGCAAAAAAGGUUCGAAGGACCACAAGAACUGAAUUCCUGAUAUCUUUAAAUGGAAAUGAUUUCUCUCGAUCAAGUAAAAAUUUUGUGGGAAAAUUGAGGUCUAAUUUCCUGGGGACUAAAUUCACCAUGUACGAGAGUAAACUUUCAAGACAAUCUGUAACUGAGUCCAAUUUCCUUUUGCAUCGAAGAAUCCAUAGUGAGCAGGUGUGCACCAUAGCUUAUGAGCUCAAUUUUCUCCGAACUAGAGGCCCGAGGAGAAUGCUGUGCAUUAUGAAUUCAAUCCCAACGUCUGCAAUUGAGGAAGGGGGAACUGCUCCAACUCCAAUGGAGUUCACAGGUUGCUCUGAUGUGCAUUUUUCUCCGUUAUCAUAUUCCAAUGUAAAGAAGUCACCGUUUAGAUUCAGCUCUUCUUGCUCUGCUGAGCCUCGGGAAUCAAUCCACAGUGCAAGCAGUCCACUGGUCUUGAAAAAUAAAGGUCCUAGAUGGCAUGAACAGUUACAGUGUUGGUGCCUGAAUUUUAAAGGGCGAGUUACAGUAGCCUCUGUGAAGAAUUUCCAGCUGGUUGCAGCUGUGGAGCCAGGGAAAAACAUUGCUGCAGCUGAACAAGAAAAAGUGAUUCUUCAAUUUGGAAAGAUUGGGAGAGACAUUUUCACUGUGGAUUAUUGCUAUCCCCUAUCUGCCUUCCAGGCCUUUGUAAUCUGCUUAAGCAGCUUUGACACAAAACCAGCUUGUGAAUAAGAGUUCUCUUCAUCUCUUAGUAGGCGAGACAAUGAUUCUGUGCUGUCCCCCACAUAUUUGGUUGUACAUAUUCUCAUUCACAAUUAAUUUAGGCUUUGCCCAUUUUCAUCGGUAACUGUCUUUGUUCCUCUGCUUACUUCUUUAAUGUAGCAUCGACAGCAUGAAAAGUUCAUGGU